AGCUCCGUGUCAUUUCCUCCUUGUGCUCGCCCGGGCCGGGCCGAGCGUCUCCAGCCGGGAGAGGAGGCGGAGCGGGGCGGUGCGGGGUGGCGUAGCGCUGGAGGGCAAUGGUGGCGGAGCUGCUGGGGGCGGAGGCAACGUAGCCCCCGCGGAAAAGGAGCCCCGCGGCGCCUGAGCCGAGCGGAGGAUGGAGAACCGGCCUGGGUCCUUCCAGUACGUCCCUGUGCAGCUGCAAGGGGGGGCGCCCUGGGGCUUCACCCUCAAAGGGGGGCUGGAACACUGCGAACCGCUCACGGUGUCGAAGAUUGAAGAUGGGGGCAAGGCAGCCUUGUCCCAGAAGAUGAGGACUGGUGAUGAGCUGGUGAAUAUCAAUGGCACUCCAUUGUAUGGCUCCCGCCAAGAGGCCCUCAUCCUCAUCAAAGGCUCCUUCAGGAUCCUCAAGCUGAUUGUCAGGAGGAGAAACACCCCUGUCAGUAGGCCGCACUCAUGGCAUGUGGCCAAACUGCUGGAGGGAUGCCCUGAAGCGGCUACCACCAUGCAUGUCCCUUCUGAAGCCUUCAGUUUGUCCUGGCAUUCCGGCUGCAACACAAGUGACGUGUGUGUGCAGUGGUGUCCACUCUCCCGGCACUGCAGCACUGAGAAAAGCAGCUCCAUUGGCAGCAUGGAGAGCCUGGAGCAACCAGGCCAAGCCACCUAUGAGGGUCACCUCUUGCCCAUUGACCAGAACAUGUGCCCUAACCAGCGGGACUCAGCCUACAGCUCCUUCUCAGCCAGCUCAAAUGCCUCUGACUGUGCCCUUUCCCUUAGGCCAGAGGAGCCAGCCUCUACAGACUGCAUCGUGCAAGGCCCAGGGUUAACUAAGACCCCUAAUGGCAGACCUAAUGUGGCUGAGACCUCAGGAGGUAGCCGGCGCACCAGUGGAGGCCAACUGACUUCCAGCUCCCAGAUGUCAUCCCACCCACAGGAGGUCCACCACUCAGGGCCUGCCAAGGCUGCCAAGGGCCCACCACAACCUCCAGUGAGGCGAGACAGUCUUCAGACCUCCAGAGCCCAACUCCUUAAUGGAGAGCAGCGCAGGGCUUCUGAGCCUAUGGACUCUUUGCAACAGAAGGAGAAACCAAGCUUAGACACUGAGCUAUGCUCAAGGAACCCUCACAGGUUCUGCUGCCUCAGUGGGCAAGACCAAGUGACCAAUGAGGGCCAUCAGAACUGUGAGCUCAGCCAUCCUCCUGAAUCCAAUCAACAGGGCUCUGAGCACUUACUUAUGGAAGCUUCAAGCAAAGCUGCUGGAUUCCAAAAAUCGUAUGAUUCCAGCCCACACAGCAAGGCUUCAGCAGAGAUAGCUAAAACUUCUUCUUUUGGCAGCCCUCCACGCCUCACAGGACCCACAGGCCAUCGCCAUAGUGCCCCUGAACAGCUGCUGGCAUCCCACUUGCAGCAUGUGCACCUUGAUACUAGGAGUAGCCAAGGAAUGGAGCUCCCAACUGGACAGGAUGGGCAUGAGUGGAAUUUGUCCCCAUUGCAUAACACCCACACGGGGAAGAAAAGUCCAUGUCCCCCUAUAGGAGCAACCCAGGACCAGCCCAGCAAAGAGAGAAAGACCAGACCAGUGGAUGAUAGGUCUGUGGGCUUGAGACACCAGAGGCCACGCAGCUCCCCUCAUGAAGAAGCUGAUGGACAAUCUCCAGAAAGACGUUUUCAGGACCUAAACAGAGUAAGCAGAGGAGGCAAUGAAUUGCCCAGCCAGCAGCCCUCUGCCUCUGGAUUGCUUGUUCAACAAACCAGGGACUGUUCUUCAACCACUAAAGUAGCUGACACCACAGAGGCAACUGAAGAAGGGGACAAGGAGCCCAAGGAGUGUAGCCGGGUGGGUGGCAGGCGAAAUGGAGGGACCCGGGGACGCUCAAUCCAAAACCGACGGAAGAGUGAGCGUUUUGCUACCAACCUGCGGAAUGAAAUUCAGAGAAGGAAGGCCCAGCUCCAUAAAAGCAAGAGUCCCUUAUCACAGCUGUGUGACACUAAGGAGCAAGUAGAAGAGGCCGAGGAACCCCUAGAAAGUCCUCUACUUCCUGCCUCUAAUUCACCUUUGCUACCUUCAUAUGAAAAACCACCUAGCCCCAGAGAUAAGCUCUUUAAUAAGAACAUGAUGCUUAGGGCUAGGUCUUCAGAGUGCCUAAGCCAAGCCCCUGAGAGCCAUGAAUCUAGGAUAGGCUUGGAGGGCCGAAUGAGCCCUAGCCAGAGGCCUAGUCAGUCCUCUUUGGGUCUGAACACCUGGUGGAAAGCAUCUGACUCAUCCUCUUCAGACUCUGAGAAAACAAAUGUUCACCGUGGAGUCUAUGGAGGUCAUUGGAGAUGGUCUCCAGAGCACAACCUGCAGCCACAUGUGGAACUAACCACAGAAAGGUCUUCCAGCCCAGGAGAUAACAAGGAAUUGAAGGCUUCUACUGCCCAAGCUGGGGACGAAGCCAUCCUCUUGCCCUUUGCAGACAGAAGGAAGUUCUUUGAAGAGAAUAGCAAAUCCCUAUCUACAUCUCAUUUGCCAGGUUUAACCACUCAUAGUAAUAAAACUUUUACCCAGAGACCAAAACCUAUAGACCAAACUUUCCAGCCAAAGAGCUCCAGCUAUAGGGAAUUGAGGCGCCAUCCCAUGGACCAAUCAUAUCAUUCCACAGACCAACCAUAUCAUGCCACAGACCAAUCAUAUCAUUUCAUGUCAUCCCUUCAGUCAGAAACUCCUACUUACUCAGAAUGUUUUGCAAGCAAAGGUCUAGAACAAUCCAUGUGUUGUAAGCCACUGCACUGUGGUGAUUUUGAUUACCACAGGACCUGCUCUUACUCCUGCAGUGUCCAGGGAGCUGUAGUACAUGACCCUUGCAUUUACUGUUCUGGGGAAAUCUGCCCUGCUUUGCGAAAGAGAAAUAUGAUGCCAAACUGCUACAACUGCCGGUGCCAUCACCACCAAUGCAUUCGGUGUUCAGCUUGCUGUCAUAAUCCCCAGCACAGUACCCUGGAGGACAGCAACUUGGCACCUGGCAACGCUUGGAAAGCCAGGAAGCCAACAGUGCAGGAAUUUCCUGGGGACAAAUGGAAACCAGUAACAGGAAACAGGAAGACCAGCCAGUCAGGCAGGGAAAUGGCUCAUUCCAAGGCUGACUUUUCAUGGGCAACCCCCUUCCAUCCUUGCCUUGAGAACCCAGCAUUGGACUUAUCAAGCUACCGAGCAAUCUCUUCUCUUGACCUCCUUGGAGAUUUCAAGCAUUCCUCGAAAAAAACAGAGGAAACUUCUGUUUAUGAGGAGGAGAGCUCCAUGGCCUCCAUGCCCCACCCACUGCGCAGCCGUGCCUUCUCAGAGAGCCAUAUCAGCUUGGAUCCCCAGAGCUCCCGGGCCUGGGGGCAGCCUAGGAGGGAGCUCUUUACCAAAGUUGGUGAAACCCAGCUAGAUCCUUUGGGAACCAGAAAGAAGGCCUUUCCUCCUCCUCGUCCUCCUCCUCCCAACUGGGAGAAGUACAGGCUCUUCCGUGCAGCCCAGCAGCAGCAACAACAGCAGAAGCAGCAGCAGCAGCAAGAGGAAGAGGAGGAGGAGGAGGAAGAAGAGGAGGAGGGGGUAGAAGAAGAUGAGGAGGAAGAGGAGGAGGGAGGAGAGGAGGAGGAGUUGCCACCCCAGUAUUUCAGUUCAGAAACCGCUGGUUCCUGUGCUCUCAAUACUGAGGAAGUCCUGGAGCAGCCACAACCCCUGGGCUUUGGUCACCUGGAGGUCUCAAGGCAGGGUCCACCAAGCCUCCCAGGAGAGCAAGAGUCUUUUACUCGCCAUUCCAGCGAUUGCAUGCCUCCAAUGAGGGGCCGCUUGGGAUCUCAGCCGGAGAAGGCUCAGCCCCCUUGCUAUUAUGGCAUUGGUGGACUUUGGAGGACAUCGGAACAGGGGACCACUGAUCCCUCCAAACCAGAAUCCUUGAUGGCAGAAGACUCCAAACCCAAGCCAGCAUGGAGCCAGAGCUACUUGUUUCCUGAAGAGCAGUUGUCCCUCAUGGGCUGGCGCUCUGAGAAGCAGCACCUCAGUCCCGUGGGCUUCAGUGAACUCAAGACAACAGGGUCUGCUGCUACACUUGUCAAGCCCCAGGGUGCCACUGGUUUCAUUUCCCCCCCAUAUUAUUCUGCAACUAUGGAGGAGGCUGGGGCCAUUGGGGAUACACCAGAAGUGGCGAGAUGCUAUUCCUUCUCAGGCAGAAGGCCUGCUCUACAGCAGGCAAUCUCAGAAGAGCUCAUGAGAGAUGUGGUGGGCCGUGACAAGUCCCUGGCAGGGGUGCUAACCCCAGCCUCCAACAUGGUGACCACUGCUGAGGUCAUGGGUGACCUCUUUGCUGUGGGAGAUCUGCAGUGGAGGGGCCAUCUCAAGCAGAAGUUGUACCAUCAGGAAAGAAGAAAUUAUCGGAAUGUCCAGGAAAGCCACAGGGUGCCUUUGCAAGAAUUUCAGCACUUCUCGCCUCCUCAAGGGGCCCCAGGGAUUUCUACCUCUUACUCAGCUUAUUACAAUAUUUCUGUGGCCAAGGCAGAGCUGUUGAACAAGUUGAAGGACCAACCCGAAAUGGCAGAGAUUGGCCUAGGAGAGGAGGAAGUAGACAAUGAACUGGCUCAAAAAAAGAUACAGCUUAUUGAAAGCAUUGGCAGAAAACUUUCUGUCUUACGGGAGGCCCAGCGAGGAUUGCUGGAGGACAUCAAUGCCAAUUCUGCCCUUGGGGAAGAGGUGGAGGCCAACCUAAAAGCUGUCUGCAAGUCCAAUGAGUUUGAAAAAUACUGUUUGUUUAUUGGGGACCUGGAUAAAGUGGUCAACCUGUUGCUGUCACUCUCUGGAAGACUUGCCCGGGUAGAAAAUGCUCUCAACAGCAUUGAUUCAGAAGCUGACCAGGAGAAGUUGGUGCUGAUGGAGAAGAAGCAGCAGCUGACAGGGCAGUUGGCAGAUGCCAAGGAGCUGAAGGAGCACAUGGACCGGAGGGAGAAGCUGGUGUUUGGCAUGGUCUCCCGCUACCUGCCGCAGGACCAGCUCCAAGAUUACCAGCACUUUGUGAAGAUGAAAUCUGCUCUCAUCAUUGAACAGCGAGAGCUAGAAGAGAAGAUCAAGCUUGGGGAAGAACAGCUCAAAUGUCUCAGGGAGAGCCUACUCCUGGGGCCUAGCAAUUUCUAAUUCCACCAGCAAACUGCCCACAUCAUCACUGCCCAGACACAAUGGGAAGUGCUUUCAAUCUUUGUUAGCAGUUCGUUAGCAAAUACAUAGCAGAUAGUUAGCAGUUUGUUCCAUAUCCUCUACCCUGGAUAUCUCUCACUGCCCCUUACCAAGCUUUGUGCCCAACCAGCUAGGACACUCUGGGGAGACCCCAAACUUCUACCCUAGAAAGUAGAAGCAAGAAUUAGAAACUGUAGCAGAGUGUGAUCAUACAACCACACUCUUUCCCACAGUUUGCACAGCAAGCACUUAGCACACACAGAACCAACGAAGUGCCUUCAUUCUUCUUUGUAGUAGGAUAUUAGAGACAUCAUGCACUCACUGCCCACCCACAUCAUAAUCAGCCAAGGCUUAAGGCCCAGUCAUUUCCCACAGAAAUUUGACUGUCUUGAGGGCAAUUACCUACUGGAAUUUCAGGGCUUCACUCAAGCUUUGCAGUGGGAAGCAAAGAAGGAGGAAUUUUACUUAACAGAAUGUGAGCAAAGGAUUUGGGGUUUCCAAAUGCUCUGCUUAAUGAAUUCCCAGAUACUUAGGCUUAAUGAAAUUGGUCCCAUCCCCACCUUUCCCAGCAUCUUCUUAAAGGGGAAAAGGCCCACUAUCAGCCCUGGGUAGUGUGGCCCUUUUCCUGUCCUAAGACUUUGGACCUACCACUUCCUGUUUCAUCUUGCCUUUGUAUUGCUGGAGUUACAGGUGGCUACCCUAAGGGCUUCACACUAUGGGCCAUGAAUAGCUCUGCUGAAGCUGACUUCUGCAUACAUGUUUCAUUACUGGGGGGAAGGGGUUCUUAUUGUUAUAUUUUAAAUGUCCUUUUGACUUUAUUUAUUUUUAUUGUUUUUUUUUCUUCUUUUUUAACUAAUAAGGUGAGAAAAGGGGAGUUAGAAAGGGAAAAGUUAGCCCAGAAGGAAAACAUUUUCUGUAGAUCAGCCUGAAUUCACCAUGGAUAGGUAACUGGUGUCAAGGCUUUGAAUUAUUCCCACCAUAGCUGACAAGUAUUUAAGAAAGUUCUCGCCUUGAACUCAGAGCUUCUCCAGUGUGGCCUAGUCCUAUACUUCCAUUGAAGUAUGGAUCACCAUGAGUUUAGCAUUUUCCAACAGGGUCCAAUUUUUUCUUGAAACCAAAGAAAUCUGAAACUGACCAAGGUCCAUCUAUUUCCCCAAGUCUUUAAGCUAAGGAAAAGGGGAGAGAUAAGCUCAGGAGGUACUCCUCCACCUAAUUGCUUUCUCAGCCUGUGGUCUGGCUCAGGGAACCAAAAUUCAUGGUAGCAGAAAGCUCUAGUCAGGGCCAGCCCCCAGCACAAAUUAUGAACCAGCCAGGAUCUGAGGCAGACAAACAACUGAUGCUGCUGCUUCUGCCUAGUUCCUGGUGCUGGUAGCCAGUUUCUGUCCUGGGAAAGCCUUCAGGUGAAGGCAGGAAGGUAGUUGUGGCCAAAUUGUCCUGUUAUACAGCUUAGUUCCCUAUUCCUUGCUAAGGGGCCCAUGCUUGGUGUUGCCCAGCCUUGCCCAGCAUCCCUGACAUCUGUUCUAGUCAUUGCUGAGUUUCUCACUGUCUUUGGAGGUUAACUGUAGCAGCAGGAGUGCCUCAAUUGACCAAAAGAAUUUACAAAGGAAUUUUGCUGCUGCUACAAAUACUGGUUCCUAACUUCCGUUUCCUCCUCAUUGUAUUUGAAAACAAUAGAAGAAUCUUGGCCAGCAGGGUGUCCUGGGAAGGGGGAGGAUGCAGGGAGGGGGCUGAGUACGCUCUUAGUAUACUGCUGCUGUCAGAACUACUGUUAAAAUGUCAACCUGCCAUUCUCCCCCCAAGUGGAGAAUUCUACUUUAUUCAGGAAGGCUGAUGGCUUGUAAAGGGCUAAGUUUACCCAAACCAAGGUUGAGGAAGGUAAAGGAGUGCUUUUAAUAUAGGCUGUGGCUGCCAUGUUUUUAAAAACACAGGCUCUAAAAUAAACAAUGAGCAAGAUUGAGAUGAGGCCAAUGUAGUCCAUCAUUAUAAGAUUGUAUGCUUGUGUGUGUGUGUGUGUGUGUGUGUGUGUGUGUGUGUGCAUGUUUGUGCUUGUAUGUGCACAUCUAGAACAGAUUUUUAGAAAUAUAGGCCCAUAGAAAAGAGUAAUCACUCACCUGGACACUAUGGCCACAGUCUUAGUUUUUCUAGUCAGCGAUAGAUUGGUUGUACCUUGUUUAUCACUAAAAGUACUAUUGCCCCUCAUGCCACCUCAAAGUAUUUUAGAGUUGGAAUCAGAGCAAAAGAAUGCUCACUUGUACACACAGGGACGCUUUCCAAAGAUCUUAAUAAAAUAAACCCCAAAUUAUAUUGCUCAAUAUAAUUAAUGCCCAGCACUGCUAACUUGGCAGUCCCACUGUGAGUGAUAGUGCUAUAAAGCUGUCCCUAUUACUUCAAAUGCUGAGUCUCUCCUCUGUUCUCAUGUCCUGGGCUCUACCCUCCACAAAGGCCUGCCAGAAGGAAGAAGUUUGAAAGGUAGGCCAAGGGAUUUUCACAAAGUGUUAUUGGUCUUGAAGUCUUCCCUCUCCCUUCAAAUACUCAUACAGGCCCCAGUGCGUAAUAGGUAAGUGCAGUGGUUGAUAUAGAGAGAGGAAUCAGUGCAAGAGCUACUAUAAUAUGUCCCUGCUAACUCCCCACUCCCAGAGCCUUGGGUAAUCAAGUCUCCUUGAAUCCUACUAGCUACAGACUUGGCCAGGGUAUAGGAGUAAAUGCUCAAUGGGAAUCCAACAGAAAGAGACAGAGACACUGAAAAGAAAGUCCUUGCAAGGGAAAAACUGGAAGCAGAGGUACACAGAAGGUGAAAAGAUGAAAAGCCUCUUUGAAGACCAGGUUCAGGUUCUAUUUUCCAUUUAACCUCAUGUGCCAAAAAAUUGUCCAGGGGCACUAGAGCCACAACGCCAGCCUCCCUAAAGGUGCUGCUCUGCCCAUAGCAAGUUUCAGAUGGAGGAAGCUGGGCACAUCUCUGGCCACUUCCUCCUGUCUGCAGCUUGGUGACUCCCUCUGUGUUUGCCAAAGGAGUUAUCUAUGCCAAUGAUAUUUCUGUAACAGCAUAUUAUAUUCUUUGAAGAUUAGUAGAUCUUUAGAGGGGGGUGGGGCAGGGGGCAAUUUCUAUAGAUAAAGAAUCAGUGUUUGUUGUACAAUUGUUGGGGGUCAUCUAUCCCAUGUGAAGCUAUUAUUUUUCUGAGUCUUAAUUGUUUCUGCAUUUGUGUCCUCCACCACUCCCUUCUUGGCUGACAUUGAUAUGCCUGUCAGAUUGUUAUCAAGGGUUAUACUUCAAUAAAAGGUGCUAAGGACAAAAAUAA